AUGUCGCCACCAGUGCAACGCCAAGUCCGAUUCGAUAUUCCAAUGGAUACCAAUGAGGAAUCUCAAUACAAUGGUGAAUCUAGAUCACCGACAUCCAAUGCUGCCCAUUCUAUUUUGGCUUUGGUGCGCCACCGCCACCCGCCGAGGUUUAACUUCGGCAUGGACAUCCCCAUGUCGGCGGUGGAAUCUGCAUCUCCCACAAUGCAGCAGCCAUUGAAUGUGGGAUUUCAACUUCCCAUCCAAGCGAAAACUCCACCGCCGUCCUCCACUCACCAGCCAUUCAAUUUGGGGUUUCAGCUCCCACCUCCCUCCACCCCGGCCCAAGCAGCACUACCUGCCGGCCCAGUCCAACAGCCGUUUAAUUUGGGCUUUCAGCUCACCGCUUCCUCCACCCCGCCCCAAGCAGAACUACCUGCCGGCCCAGUCAACAAGCCAUUUAAUUUGGGCUUUCAGCUCACCCCUUCCCCCACCUCGCCCCAAGCAGAACUACCUGCCGGCCCAGUCAACAAGCCGUUUAAUUUGGGCUUUCAACUCACCCCUUCCCCCACCCCGCCCCAAGCAGAACUACCUGCCAGCCCAGUCCAACAGCCAUUUAACCUUGGCUUCCAACUCCCCAUCCCCAUCAACCACACACCAGUGGCAGCAAACGCUGCUCCAGCAUUUAACUUGGGGUUCGAUCUCCCCGUCCCGGCGACCCAGACACCAGAGGAAGAAUCUGCUGCCAUGGUGCCGGCAGUACAAACCGCAGUCCGGCGUGUGGGCUAUGCCACCAACAACAGACCGUUCCAGUUCAACUGUGAGCCUCUCUCACCCAUAGGAGAUUGGAAUCCGCCGGCACCUGUUGCACUGCCUGUGAGGCCAACAUUAGCAUCUUUAGUUGGCGAUGCCGAGCAAGCGGCGAUCGACAUUGUCAGACACCUCCAAGGAGAGGAAUUUGAUCAAGUGGUGGUGAUGAUGGUCGGUGGGUCCUUAGGUGUCAGCGAGAGCAUCCAGGACCCUAAGCCCAAUGAGGUCUUGGACAGCAACCGGAUUCUGAUGUCGGCGUUCUGCAAAAACCAAGACAGGCUGACCAGGAUCUUCAAAGACAUGAUUAGCUUGCAUCAUAUGGCACAGGUCCAGGAUCAGGUUGCCCCAAUGGUGACCGCCCUAUUGGCUGAGGUGGAGAGAGCAGAGGAAUUGAUUUCCGACUCUGAUGAGUAG